AUGCCCAGAGGAACAACAAAAAGAAGAAUCAUAAGAAUCAAGUCUCAAUUUCUGAGAGCUGUUCAAGCAAGCACACUCAAAGCAAAGGUGGAAGCUCAAAGGGAAACUAUCCCCCUUGUAAACACUGUGGCAAAAUGGGACAUCUUCCAUUCAAAUGUUGAAAGAGACCUGAUGCAAAGUGUAGCAAAUGCAAUCAGCUUGGACAUGAAGCUUGGUUGUACAAACCACAUGACUUAUGAUAGAACUCUUUUUAAGGAGUUAAAGCCUACUGGAAUCACUAAAGUCAGGAUAGAAAAUGGUGGCUAUAUUCCAGCAAAAGGAAGAGGAACCAUUGCAAUUACAACCAGCUCAGGUACAAAAACAAUUUCUGAUGUUCUUUAUGUACCUGAUAUCGAUCAAAAUCUACUGAUUGUAGGCCAAUUAAUAGAAAGAGGAUUUAAAGUGUCCUUUGAAAAUUGGUAUUGUCGUAUCCAAGAUGCCGCUGGACAGGAGAUUUUACGUGUUAAAAUGAGAGGUAAAAGCUUCUCAUUUGACCCAACGGAGGAGGAGUACAGAGCUUGUUCCACCAAAGCCAGCAUCAUCGAAAUCUGGCACAAAAGGCUCAGGCAUUGUUAUCUUCAACGAAUGCUAAAGAUGAAGAAAAAUGACAUGAUAAGAGGUUUACCAACUCUGGUUGAUCACUUGCCAAAUUGCCAUGCUUGUCAAUUCGGUAAACAAGAUAGGAAGCUAUUUCCUAAAUCAUCCUGGAGAGCAUCACAAAAGCUACAACUUGUCCACGCAGACGUGGGAGGACCUCGAAGAACACCAUCACUUAAGUCAGAAGUGGUUGGAGUGUUUUGGAAGUUCGAGAAAAUGGUGGAAAACCAAAGUGGCUGCAAAAUUCAAGUUCUAAGGUCUAAUAACGGAAAGGAGUACACCUCAGCAGAAUUUAAUUUGUUCUGCGACGAAGCUGGCAUUGAACAUCAGCUUAUUGCUCCUUACACUCCAGAACAAAAUGGAGUUAAUGAAAGGAGAAAUAGAUACGUCAUGGAGAUGGCCAGAUGCAUGUUACAUGAGAAGGAGUUGCCAAAAAGGUUCUGGGCAGAGGUAGCCAACACAGCAGUAUUUUUGCAAAACAGGCUUCCAAGCAAAGCUAUCAAAGAUAAAACUCCGUUUGAGGCUUGGUUUGGGUAUAUACCUUCAUUGAGCUUUCUUAAAGUGUUUGGUUGUGUGUGUUUUGCCCAAAUUCCAGGGGUCAAGCGGGACAAACUCGACAAAAAAGCAAUUCCAGGCAUCUUUUGGCAUAAUGAAUUGGAAGAUGAUCCUCCAAUCAGAGGAACAAGACCACUUUCAGACAUCUAUCACAGAUGUAACGUGGCACUAUGCGAACCUGCUGGACAUGAAGAAGCUCUUAAAGAUCUAAAGUGGAAGAAAGCAAUGGAAGAAGAGAUGUCAAUGAUUCACAAAAAUAGAACUUGGGAAUUAGUCAACAAACCUGAAGGUAGAAAAGUCAUUGGAGUAAAGUGGGUGUACAAAACAAAGCUCAAUGCAGACAACUCCAUCAACAAACACAAAGCAAGGCUUGUCAUUAAGGGGUAUGCUCAAAUUUUUAGUGUUGAUUAUUCUGACACUCUUGCUCCUAUUGCUAGAUUAGACACAAUCAGAAUGUUGCUAACCUUAGCAGCACAAAAAGGCUGGAAAGUGUUCCAGCUAGAUGUCAAAUUGGCUUUUUUAAAUGGUGUUUUGCAAAAAGAAAUAUAUUUGGAGCAGCCAGAUGGAUUUGUGGUGCAAGGUGAAGAGGAUAAGAAUGGUAGUUAUGUUCUCAUAGUCUCUUUUUAUGUUGAUGACCUUUUGGUAACAGGAAAUAAUGCGCAAAUGGUUGCGGAGUUCAAACAAGAAAUGAUGCAGGUUUUUGAAAUGACAGAUUCUGAACUUAUGACUUACUUUCUUGGGAUGGAGGUCAAGCAAAGCCAAAAUGAAGUGUUCAUCUGUCAAAAGAAGUAUGUAAAGGAAAUAUUAAAGAAAUUUCAGAUAGAGGAGUGCAAAGCAUCAAACACGCCAAUGGGUCAAAAAGAGAAGCUGAGCAAGGAUGAUGGUGCUGAUAAAGUUGAUGAAAGUUAUUAUAGAAGUUUGAUUGGUUGCUUAAUGUAUCUUACAGCAACAAGACCUGACAUUCUUGAAGUGCAUUUAAGAGCAGCAAAAAGAAUAUUAAGGUUUAUCAAAGGUACUGUUGAUUGUGGCGUCAAGUAA